AUGAUGUUGAAAGUUGAUUUGGAAAAUAAAGUAAAUUUAGAAACUUCAGUGAAAAACAACACUAAUAGUAUUAAUAGUGUUUCAAAUACAAUCAGAAGAUCACUUUCUAAUAUAGGUUUUGAUAAUAAUAAAUCAGAGAACAUUAAUAACGAAAACAACGAAAACAACAAAUCAUCAUCUUUAAAUACCAAUUCUAUGUUAAAUAUUCCCAACAAUAAAUCACAACAUAAAUUGUCUAAAAAAAAGUCUGAUACAUUACCAUCUCUUAGGAUAAAACCUAAUCAAAGACCUAAAUCAGCACUUCCAUUUAACAAGAAUAAACCUUCUCAACUAAAUACAUUAAAUCUGUGCAUUGAUAAUACUUUAAAGAAUAGUCCAGCUGGUGAUCUAAUAUCACAUUCAAAAUCAAUACCAACAAUUGCAAGAUCUCCCUCUUCCCCAACUCUUCGCUCAGAAUUUUUGAGUAUUAAAGGAGAUAAUAAGGAUUUCUCAUACCAAAAUUCCACUUCGGAAUCACUGUCACAACCACCUUCAGAAUCGUCUUUGCAAUCACCUUCAAUUCUACCAUCGAUCACACUCACAGAUCAUCAUCAUCAUCCUUCAGUUUCAUCACAAUCAUCUCUUAAUUCCUCAUCUACAACAAGCUCAACCAUCAGUUCAUCAUCAUCACAACCUCCAUCUAGUACAUCCAUCACAUCAAAUGAUACUGAUGAAUAUAUACCUUUAGACAUUACAGCUUUUUUGGCUGCUCCACGUUUAACACAGCGUGUUAGAUUAAAAUCAGGAAGAGUUGUUAGUUUUUCUGAAGUUGGUGACAGGAAUGGAUUUCCAGUGUUUGUUUUUCUUGGGAUGGGAUGUGUAAGAUAUUUUAUUGCGUUUUUUGAUGAUUUAGCAUCUAGUUAUGGCUUGAGAUUGUUAUGUCCUGAUCGACCUGGGGUUGGACUUUCAGAUGACGUUAAAGAAAAUGAACAACAUGUGUUAAAAUGGCCAGAUGUUAUCGAAGAACUUUGUGAGAUUCUUGGUAUUGAUAAAUUUUUUAUAUUGGCACAUAGUGCUGGUGCACCACAUGCACUCGCAUGUGCUAUUAAAAUACCAGAAAGGCUUCAAGGAACUAUUUAUCUUGUUUGUCCAUGGGUCAGUACAACAAUAGCAAAUAAUUUCAAGUGGCUUAAAUAUGUACCCACACCUGUAAUGAAAUUUACAAACACAGCAGGCAUUUCCUUACAACAAAUGCUUCAUGGCAGACAGCCCUACUCAACUAAACCAUCACGCCAAAGGAAUUCGGGCGCUUUGGCAUUACCGAUUUCAAGUCUUGAGAGUAAACAACAAUUGGGAAUGGCGAUAUUGAAAGCGUCAUUUGCAGAAAAUUUAUCAGGAGCAAGCAAUGAUUUGUUGAUGUGUUUUGAAAGACGACACUCUUUUGGAUUCUCAUAUACAGAUAUCAAUCAUCCUGUGCAUGUAUUUCAUGGUACAAAAGAUGAUCGUAUUCCCGUGUCAGCAGUAAAAUGGAUGGAAAGUAACAUGCCAGAUUGUAAGUUAACUUUGAUAGAAGGCGGGAAACAUUCAUUACUUUUACGUGCUGAAAUAGUUGACACAAUAUUUAAAACUAUUGCCAUACAACUACACGAUAAGAAUGAAUGCAAGGCAUGUAAACUUUCUGUACUUUUAUACUGA